GGCGGCUGCGAUGUCGACCACGACGCUCUAUAUACAAACGCUACAAAAGAUCCCUCUGUGCGUCCACCGGUUUGCAUUGCAGCCCUGACUGACCUGACCUGACCGUACCCGGAGGCAGACGCGAUGGCAGCUCCGGCCGUGGUGGGUGCCGGAGCCGGGCAGGGCAAGGAGUACCCCGGCGGACUCACCCUCUACGUCCUCCUCACAUGCGCCGUCGCUGCCACCGGGGGCCUUAUCGUCGGCUACGACAUCGGCAUAUCCGGCGGCGUGACAUCCAUGGACGCAUUCCUGCACAAGUUCUUCCCGUCGGUGUACCGCAAGGAGCAGACGGCGCUUGGAGGCAGCAGCAGCCAGUACUGCAAGUUCGACAGCCAGCUGCUGACCGCGUUCACGUCGUCGCUGUACCUGGCGGCGCUCGUCGCCUCCUUCUUCGUCGCGUCCGUGGCGCGCUCCCUCGGCCGGAAAUGGUCCAUGUUCGGCGGCGGCGUCUCCUUCCUCGCCGGCGCCGCCCUCAACGCCGCCGCGCUGGACGUCGCCAUGCUCAUCGUCGGCCGCAUCCUUCUCGGCAUCGGCGUCGGCUUCGCUGCUCUGGUAAGCUCAUGUUUAAUCCAGACUCAGAGCUGCCUCCCAACUCCAACACAUUGCAUUGUGUAUUUGCAGUCCAUCCCAAUCUACCUGUCGGAGAUGGCGCCGCACCGCCUCCGCGGCACGCUGAACAACGGCUUCCAGCUGAUGAUCACCGUGGGCAUCUUCUCCGCCAACCUCGUCAACUACGGCGCCGCCAAGAUCCAAGGCGGCUGGGGCUGGCGUCUCAGCCUCGGGCUCGCGGCGGUCCCGGCGGCCGUGAUCACCGUGGGCUCGCUGUUCCUCCCGGACACGCCAAGCUCCCUCAUCCGCCGCGGCUACCACGAGCAGGCGCGGCGGGUCCUCUCCCGGGUCCGUGGCGCCGACGUCGACGUGGCCGACGAGUACGGCGACCUCGUGGCGGCGUCCGGCGCCGUCGUCGUCAGGCGCCCGCCGUGGGUGGACAUCCUCGGGCGCAGGCAUUACCGGCCGCAGCUCACCGUGGCCGUCCUCGUGCCCUUCUUCCAGCAGUUCACCGGCAUCAACGUCAUCAUGUUCUACGCGCCCGUCCUGUUCAAGACGAUCGGGCUCGGCGGCGACGCGUCGCUCAUGUCGGCGGUCAUCAUCGGGCUGGUGAACAUCGUCGCGACGUUCGUGUCCAUCGCCACCGUCGACAAGCUCGGCCGGCGCAAGCUCUUCUUCCAGGGAGGGUGCCAGAUGCUCGUCUGCCAGGUGGUCAUCGGAACGCUGAUCGGCGUCGAGUUCGGGGCGACCGGAGACGGGGCCACCAUCCCGAAGAACUCCGCGGCCACCGUCGUGGCGUUCAUCUGCAUCUACGUCGCCGGCUUCGCGUGGUCGUGGGGCCCGCUCGCCAUCCUGGUGCCGAGCGAGAUCUUCCCGCUGGAGAUCCGUCCGGCGGGGCAGGGCGUCAGCGUGGCCGUCAGCAUGCUGUGCAGCUUCGCCGUCGCGCAGGCCUUCCUCCCGAUGCUCUGCCACUUGAGGUUCGGGCUCUUCUACUUCUUCGCCGGAUGGGUGCUCGUGAUGACGCUGUUCGUCGUGGUGUUCCUGCCGGAGACGAAGGGCGUGCCCGUUGAGAAGAUGGGGACUGUGUGGAGGACACAUUGGUUUUGGGGAAGGUUCGUCGCUGACUGCAUGGACGGCCGUGAUGAUGAGAACUGCGACUCCGCCUUCCACAAGGGCAAUGACGACAUUGCUGUUAGAGAGCCGUAGUCGUCCUGUGUGUAGACAUGGGAAUCGGAGGGUGCAAGCCAAAAACAUGGACACACGGUGGGCGGGUUCAGCUACACUAAAGUUUAUUUAUUUAUUUAUUUUUGGCAAAUUUCACU